AAGGCCAAAGAAAGGCAAGUGGGCUUUACUUUUGAACCCAAAUUGUGUUUUGUGUGUUUAUGUGUUUUAGGCUUGAAAUCAAAUAGCCUCCAAAAAGCCAUGGUUUUAGGCUCCAACGCUCAGUCCGAUUUGCCUUUUAAUGAGAACGAUUCCGAGGAUAUGGUCAUUUACCAAGUUCUAAACUCCCCCAUGUCUUCCCACUCUACCCUUCCCGCCGCCGACGACCAACCCAACGCCAACGCCAACGCCAACGCCAACGCCUCACACCGCCUCAAUCCCCCCGCUCGGACCAUUGCCAAGAAGCAUUACAGAGGGGUCCGCCAGCGCCCCUGGGGUAAAUACGCUGCCGAGAUACGUGACUCCACCCGACACGGUGCUCGCGUCUGGCUUGGCACCUUCGCCACCGCCGAGGAGGCUGCUUUGGCUUAUGAUACUGCCGCUUUCACAAUGAGAGGCUCUAAAGCCCUUCUCAAUUUCCCCCCGGAGGUGGUGGCGGCGGCGGCGGCGGCGAAAACGACUACGACUUCCCCACCGUCGAAGAGGAAGCCUAACGUUGAACCUUGUGGUAGUAGCUCUAGCACCAUUUCUUUGGCGACUUCAAGAACAGAAUCAGAUUGCAAAGCCCCUGAAUAGAAUUGGCUAAAAUUUGUUAUGUUACUUGCUAAUUGCCAUCCAUUAUUGUUUGGUUUUCUUUUUUCUCUCUCCCUCUCUUUAUGUGUAUAUAUAUUUGACGCUUUGAUUGUUAAUUAUGCUUUGGGAAAUAGAACACAAGUAGACACAAAUUAGAUUGGAAUU